AAAAGUAAAAUGGUUGAGAAUAGAGGGAAAAGAGAACGGAAAAAAGGCAGAAGAGAACAGAGAACCCUACUCAGAAGGUAGAAAAGCCGUUGGCCAAUUUGCGCUAUCUAUUUUCUCCUCCUUUACCAACUUCUCAUUACCAAUUGCUUCUACAGCUUGGGUGGGUUUGUUUUCUUGUUUUGUUAGUAUUGAUGCUUGCUGAUGGAUAUAGGGUGUGGUGUUUUGGGCAUCCAUUGAGCCUUUUCUGCUUAUUGACUGUUUUCUUUGCCUAUGCUUUACCAGCAACAGGUUUGAUUGUGCUUCUACCAACCCCUACAUCAGCAGGUUCCACAUUUAAAGAUGUUGCUUACUGAUUCAACGAAAAAGUUAUCAUUUACACGGUGCAUAAGAGAUGGAGAUUUGGUUAUCGUCUAUGAGAAGCAUGAUACAAUGAAGGCAAUUAGAGUAUGUGAGACUUCAGUGCUCCAGAACCGUUUUGGUGUAUUUAAACAUUCAGACUGGAUUGGAAAGCCUUUUGGGUCCAAAGUGUUUAGCAACAAGGGUGGAUUUGUCUAUUUGUUAGCUGCAACUCCUGCACUAUGGACUCUAGUUUUAAACCACCGGACUCAGAUCCUCUAUAUUGCUGAUAUUUCCUUUGUGAUUAUGUACUUGGAGAUAGUUCCUGGUUGUUUGGUACUAGAGUCUGGCACUGGUAGUGGAUCUUUAACGACCUCACUUGCAAGGGCUGUGGCUCCUACAGGACAUGUUUAUACGUUUGAUUUCCAUGAACAAAGAGCUGCCUCAGCAAGGGAAGAUUUUGAGAGGACAGGAGUAAGCAGCUUAGUCACAGUUGGAGUUAGAGACAUUCAGGGUGAGGGAUUUCCAGAUGAAUAUACUGGGUUGGCUGAUUCUGUAUUUCUGGAUCUACCCCAACCAUGGCUGGCCAUUCCUUCAGCUGGGAAAAUGUUGAAACGUGAUGGGAUUUUGUGCUCUUUCUCCCCAUGCAUUGAGCAAGUGCAAAGUUCUUGUGCAGCUCUUAGAUCAAGUUUUACGGACAUAAGGACAUUUGAGGUGCUCCUUCGGACAUACGAAGUUCAUGAAGGAAAAAUGGAUUGUGGCCAGGGCGAUGAAAGUGUUUCUUUUGGGUCUCCUCCUUACAAAAGAAGGCAGCGUUCAAACGAAGAAAGUAAAAUGCAGGAAAAUACCAGUUCACCUGUAAUCUUGGCUAGGCCAUGUGGUGAAUCUAGAGGUCACACUGGCUAUUUGACAUUUGCUAGACUCAAAUCCCUAUGAUGAAGAAAUGUAGUCAAUCAUCCAUCCACUUUGUAGGUUAGAAGAGUUCUGUGCUCAUAUUUGGUUCAGUCUAUGCCCCAUUGUGAAUUCCUUUUAAUCACCUUGAAGCUUGGAAAGUUUUGAAAGAAAAUUUUGGCCUGUGGUAUUUGAUCUA